UUAUUUUUAAUGAAUCUGAAUCUCUUGAAUCAAUCAUAGAACGUAAAAGUACAGAAGAUACUACAUUAACCGGAUGGUUUCAAGCAAAUAAAAUUUACCCAGAGGCACGCGAAUUAACUUAUGUAGAAUUUCCAACUAAGUUUGUUUGGCAUGAUCGCACAAAAUGUUGGGCACCAAGAAAACGAUAUGAAACAAUUGGACGAAUAACAUAUAUACAUCCUACAAAAGGCGAACUAUAUUUUAUGAGAAUGUUAUUAAAUAUUCAAAAAGGUUGUAGUGAUUUCAAUUCAAUAAAGACCGUUAAUGAGAUUACAUACCCUUCUUAUCAAGAAGCCUGUCAAGCCUUGGGGUUAUUAGGAGAUGAUAAAGAAUGGAUUGAAGCAUUAACAAAUUCUUCAUAUAUUGCAACGGCUUCUGAAAUACGCCAACUUUUUGUUACAAUAAUCUUAUUUUGCGAUGUUGCAAGUCCUCAAACAUUAUUUGAUUUACAUUGGUCAAAUAUGUGUGAUGAUAUUUUAUAUAAAGCUAGAUUAGAAACUCAAAAUCCAAAUUUGACCUUACCAGAAUCAGAACUGAAGAACACAUUGUUAUUUGAACUAGAACACCUAUUUAAUAUGUCAUCAAGUUCAUUAAAAGAUCAUCAAUUACCAAUGCCUGAUAAAAAUAAAAUAUUAGAAUUGAAAAAUAAAUUAUUAAAAGAAGAAUUAGAUUAUAACUGUCGAGAAUUAAAACAUUUACAUACAAAUUUAGUUGCUCAGUUAAAUACGUGUCAAAAAAUUGUUUAUGAUGAAGUAAUUGAAGGGAUUGAAAAAAAAACAUGCAACGCUUUUUUUGUUCAUGGUCAUGGAGGAACUGGCAAAACUUUUUUAUGGCAUACAAUAAUAAGUAAAUUAAGAUCUGAAGGAAAAAUUGUUUUAGCUGUUGCAUCAUCAGGAAUUGCUUCAAUAUUACUUCCAAAUGGUAGAACCGCUCAUUCUAGAUUUAAAAUACCUAUUACAAUAAAUAAUUUAUCAAUAUGUCCGAUAAAGAAAGGUACUCAUCUUGCAAAAUUAAUUGAUAGAGCAGAACUAAUUAUUUGGGACGAAGCUCCAAUGUGUCAUAAACAUUGUUUUGAGUCAUUAGAUAAAUCUUUACGAGAUAUUUUAUCAGAUUCAAAUAAUAUACAAAAAGAUAAACCAUUCGGUGGUAAACCCAUUUUAUUAGGUGGUGAUUUUAGACAAAUUUUACCUGUUAUCACCGGAGGAACUAAAGAACAAAUAAUUGAAGCUUCAUUAAACUACUCAUACCUUUGGCAAUCAUUUAAAAUAUUUCAUUUAACAGAAAAUAUGAGAUUAUCAAAAAAAAAUUUAACUGAUGAGGAUAGAAAAAAUAUUUCAGCUUUUGCAAAUUGGCUAUUACAAAUUGGAGAAGGUAAAAUACAAUCUAUAAAUUAUGAAAAUGAUAUAGAUACAUCAUGGGUUGAAAUUCCAAACGAUAUACUUAUUGAUAAUUAUAUAGAUCCAAUAAAAGCAAUUUUUCUAGCAACUUAUCAAAAUUUCAAUGAAAAUUACAACAAAUUUGAUUAUUUAAGAGAACGUGCAAUAGUUACACCACGAAAUACUACAGUAACAGAAAUAAACAAUUAUGCUAUAAAUUUAUUGCCAGGUAAUGUGAGUACUUACCUAAGCUCAGAUACUAUUGUUCAAAAUUCAAAAAAUCAUGAAAAUAUGGAUGUUUUAUAUCCAACAGAAUUCUUAAAUAAAUUGGAAUUUCCUGGAUUACCAUCGCAUAAAUUAAUUUUGAAGAUCGGAAUGCCUAUUAUGUUAUUAAGAAAUUUAAAUCAACGAUCUGGAUUAUGUAAUGGUACAAGAUUAAUAAUAACAGCAUUAUUUGAUAGAUUAAUAGAAGCAAAAAUAUUAACAGGAACAAAUAUAAAUCAAAAAUUUUUUAUACCUAGAAUUGUUCUUACAGCUACUGAAAAUAAGUGGCCAUUCAUUUUUAAAAGACGACAAUUUCCAGUUAGACCAUGUUAUGCUAUGACAAUUAAUAAAAGUCAAGGUCAAUCUUUAAAUCAAGUUGGCAUAUAUUUACCUGAACCUGUUUUUACUCACGGACAAUUAUAUGUUGCACUUUCAAGAGUUACAUCAAGAAAUGGUUUAAAAAUUUUAAUAAAUAAUAGUAAUAAUAUACCAAAUAAAUACACUAAAAACAUAGUGUACAAAGAUGUGUUACUAAAUUUAUAAAUCAAAACAUACAUUAUAUAAUGUUAAUAUAUAAUGUAUGUUUUCAUCUGGAAAGAUGUGGG